AUGACUCAGACGGUUCACCUGAAAGUCGCGAUGCCUUGUGGUGGCUGCUCUGCUGCCGUGAAGCGAGUCUUGGAAAAGAUGGAAGGCGUGAAGUCAUUCGACAUCAGUCUGGAGAACCAGAAGGUCACUGUCGUGGGUGACGUGACACCCCAGGAAGUUUUUGACAAAGUGGCCAAGACAGGGAAGGCCACCAGCUGGUGGCAAGAUUAG